GUCCACAAGAGGUGUAUGAUUUUUCAUUAGUCUUUGGUUCACUGAGAAUAAACAUGACUGCACUCUACUUGGAACACUAUUUAGAUAGUUUAGAGCAUUUACCUAUUGAAUUACAAAGGAAUUUCACGCUGAUGCGUGAUUUAGAUGCCAGGGCACAAGGAUUAAUGAAAGAUAUAGAUAAACUAGCUGAUGACUAUUUAAAAAAUGUGAAGAAAGAGUCUCCAGAAAAGAAGAAAGAACAAUUGACUCAUAUUCAAAACCUGUUUAACAAAGCAAAAGAAUAUGGUGAUGACAAAGUUCAAUUAGCAAUACAAACAUAUGAAUUAGUGGAUAAACAUAUCAGAAGGUUAGAUUCAGAUUUGGCAAGGUUUGAAGCUGAAAUACAAGAUAAGGCUUUGAAUAGUAGUAGAGCACAAGAAGAAAACAAUGCCAGUAAAAAAGGUAGAAAAAAGUUGAAAGAGAAAGAGAAAAGAAAAAAGGGUGCUGCAGGUGCCAGUAGUGAAGAUGAAUCAAAAACAGCUAGGAAAAAACAGAAGAAGGGUGGAUCUGUUGCUUCUGCUUCAUCUGCUGGUGCUGUAGGAAGUGGUGCACAAGUUGACUCAACUGCACUUGGCCAUCCAGCAGAUGUUUUAGAUAUGCCAGUGGAUCCUAAUGAACCAACUUAUUGUCUUUGUCACCAAGUUUCUUACGGAGAAAUGAUUGGUUGUGAUAACCCAGAUGUAAGUCCAUAUUACAUGUUUCUCCAAACAUUUUAUAAUUUUAUAUCGAUUAUCAUACAUAAUUUUCUUUUCUUUUUUUCUAUAGUGUCCUAUAGAAUGGUUCCAUUUUGCUUGUGUCGGAUUAACUACAAAACCUAAAGGGAAAUGGUACUGUCCUAAAUGCACACAAGAUAGGAAAAAAAAAUAAGUUUUAGGAUAAUGUAUAAAUAUAUUCAACUAUUUAAAAAAAAUACUCAAAUAUCGUUUCUAAAAUUAGGAUAUUGGACUUUUCAUGAUUUAACACGGAACGAAGUUAAAUUGUAUGAAAAGAAAAUGAGAAGUUUGUAAAAAAAUACAAAGUACUGAAGUCUGCAUUUGCAUUGCAUCUAAUGUUAUUGAAAAAAUGUUUACAUCUUAAUCAAUGUGGUAUUAUUUAAAAACGGAUAUGUUGGGAAGUAAAUAUUCUUCUCUCUUAAACAUUAUAUGAAACUAUUAACUACAUACAUGUAAUGAACAACACUAAAAUAUUAUACUCAAAACAUUGAUUAUUGUUAACAGUAUUAGAUGUAAUGGAAAAACAGCGAAAUAUCAGCUUAUCACAGAAAAUAAGAUUUGAGAAUCGGCCAUAACUAUUAUUAUCUUUAUAUAUUUCUUUUUUAUGUACAAAAUAGUAAUUUAUUAUAAAUGGGCCGUUUUUUGAAUGUCUGUGAUUUGCUUGUUAACUUUAUACUUAUUACAUAAGUAUUGAAUCAUAAUUAUAGUAUUAAAGUAAAAUUAUUACUGUUUUUAUAUUUUAUAAAUGUAAAUGAUAUUGUAUAGAAUAAACUUUUGUUGAAAUAAAGUAUACUAUAUGUAUAAAUAAACCUUGUGUAUAUACAAGUGAAAACAAAA